GGCCACUGCCACUGCCACUGCCACUGCCACCAUGGAGCGACAUACCAAUAUACCAGAUUCACAAGCAUGGAAUAAAAUCCGCUAACAUCUUAUUAUUGUCCCGGAUGGUGACCCCUUAAAUGUUGAAAACCUUAAGACACAAACUGGCAUUAGCAGAGACAUGCACAUGUUUUAUGAAAGCUAUGAAUUUAAAUCAAAAUUUUGCUGUAUAGUGAAAGCGUUCAUUAUUUUAAUCCAGAGCUUUUGCUUGGAUUCAUACAAUAUAAUAUAUAUUUAUUAUCUUACCCACCCUAAAAAUAGAGAAAAGGUUUGUUAUGUUAUGCACACCAACUAUUUGUGGAAUUGACGAGAGGUCAACGUCAACGUCAACGUCAACGUCAACCAGCGACUCGGAAGUUUCGACCCCGUUUCACAGAGCAAGGCAUGCUUUAUUGACUGAUACAAAGCAAAGAAUUUUGAUUCCUUCUUUCAUCUUUGCUCUGUGUUUUCCAAGAAUGUCCAAAAGAUACUCUGCUUCUCUCGUACUUCACACCCCAACUUCACUUUAAGGUUGACAAUCAAAAACAAAAACACAAGAUUGGGAAGAAAACCCAAUUCAAAUCCUCUUGAUUUUCAGUGAUCGAAUUGGGUAUUUCUUUCCCUGCAGAGGAAACCUAUCAUAUAGAUGGCGGAUGCUGCUUUGGGAGUAGCAUUUGAUAGAUUAUUGAGAGCUGUUCUUGAUGUCAAAGACAGAGCCAGCAACUUCAAGCCCAUCCUCGACGAACUCAAUUCAAGACUGAGGUUACUCGAACCAACUGUAGGUGAAAUUGUGAGGUUGGAGAGAAUAUUGGACAAUCCGGAGGCAGAAAUCAAUAUGUUUACGGAUCAGUUGACACAGGCCGCGGAGCUGGUCGACAAGUGCUCGAAAGUCCAGUGGUGGAAUUACAAAGCGAAGGUUCACUACUCGACGAAGCUCAAAGAAUUCGAUGAGAAGCUUGUGAAAUUCUUUCAGACCAAUGGGCAAGCUCUGCUGGUAAGAGAUAUCAUGAGUAUUCGGGCGAGAUUGGAAGGAAAGCUGAAUGAGUUUGUAGGUUCGUGUGAAGCUCCGGAAGCUCCGAAAUUUACUGUUGGGUUGGAUGUGCCUCUUCAAGAAUUGAGGGGGAGGUUGCUAGAAGAUGGUGCACCUGUGGUUGUGCUUUCGGCUCCUGGAGGAUCCGGGAAGACUACCUUGGCGAAAAAGCUCUGUCACGAUGUUGAAAUUAAAGACAAAUUUAAGGACAAUAUUUUCUUUCUCACGGUUUCCAAGACACCCAUUCUUAGGGUCAUUGUUCAGACUAUGUUUCAACACAAGUCUUAUACAGUGCCUGAGUUUCAAAACGAUGAAGACGCAAUCAACAAACUAGAGAUCUUGUUGAAGCAAAUACGAUCAGGUCCUAUAUUGUUGGUCUUGGAUGAUGUGUGGACUGAAUCAGAAUCCCUUAUUGAGAAGUUCAUGUUCCAAAUACCAGGAUACAGAAUAUUGGUUACAUCAAGAUCUGAAUUUCGAAGAUUUGGUUCUACAUAUAAAUUGGAACUAUUGAGUGAUCGAGAUGCCAUGGCCCUUUUUUGUCACUCGGCAUUUCCGCAAGGUGGGAGCAUGAAUGUGCCGGAGGAUCUUGUCCACGAGAUAGUGAGAGGCUGUAGGAAAUUCCCGCUCGCCCUUAUAGUGGUUGGUGGAUCACUCUAUGGAGAACCAGAGGUGAUCUGGAGAGAUACACUGGAGCAAUGGUCUGAAGGACAAUCCAUUUUUGAUUUUGACGGUGAUUUGCUUACUUGUCUCAAAACUAGCAUAGAUGCCUUGGACAAAAAGUAUCAUAUCAAGGAGUGUUUCCUGGACCUAGGUUCAUUUCCUGAAGAUCAAAGGAUCCCUGCCACGACUCUUAUGGAUAUAUGGGUGGAACUGUACAACCUGGAUGAAGACGGUAGACGUGCCCUUGCCAACAUCCACAAACUAGCCUCCCGAAAUUUGGUUAAUCUUGUGUUUACAAGGGAGGAUGCAAGUGAGAUUGAUGGGUAUAAUGAGCAUUUUGUCACGCAGCAUGAUCUGCUCAGAGAUCUGGCUAUUCACCAGAGCAGCCAAGAGUGCAUAGAACAGAGGAAAAGAUUAUUUAUGAACAUUAGAGGAGAUGACCUCUCCAAGUGGUCCUUUGAACAUAUGGAGCCAUUUCAUACCCGCCUUUUGUCUAUCUCUACAGAUGAAACAUUCUCCUCAAGCUGGAGCAGCAUGCUUUUACCUGAAAAAACAUUCUCCUCAAGCUGGUUCAGUUUUUCAAAUAUAUGCAAAUCAUUACUUUACCGAAAAUACAAGCAACUACCUGAAGUUGAAGUUUUAAUAUUGAACUUCCGGACAAGGAAUUACAGCCUGCCCAAAUUCAUGGAGAAAAUGGAUCAACUGAAGGUUCUCAUCAUCACAAAUUAUGGUUUCUGGCCAGCUGAACUAAGCGAUUUUCAGCUACUUGGUUUUUUAUCCAGUCUAAAGAGAAUCAAACUAGAGCAUGUUUCAAUUUCUUUCCUCAGUGAAUCCACAUUACAGUUCAGGAAUUUGCAGAAGAUUUCCUUGAUUAUGUGUAAAAUUGGUGAGACCUUUCAGAACUGUACCUUCGAGUUCUCCCAUAUGUUCCCAAAUCUUGUGGAGAUUAACAUUCACUGUUGCAGUGAUCUAGUGGAACUGCCUGAUAGGCUCUGUGAUAUUAUCUGCCUUAAGAAGCUCAGCAUCACUAAAUGUCAUGACCUGGAUGCACUUCCAGAAAGACUUGGAUGGCUAACAAAUUUAGAAGUGCUGCGGCUUCAUUCCAGUACAGGGCUGUUAGGGUUGCCAGACUCAGUUGGAAGCCUCCAUAAAUUAAGGUUCCUUGACAUAUCGAACUGCCUUAGCAUAAGCAAAUUGCCAAAGCGUAUAGGUGAGCUGUGUGAUCUGGAAAAGCUCCAGAUGAGAGGCUGUGGAGUGCAUCAGUUGCCGCCAUCAGUAAAGGAUCUUGGGCAAUUAAAGGAUGUGAUAUGUGAUGAAGACACUGCCGAUCUUUGGGAACCUUUUAAGAUUCAUCUCAACAAUCUAAAGACAACUGUGAUUAAAGAAGAGAAAAAUUUAAACUGGCUUCCCAGUCUCCACCAUUGAGAAACCUUAGUUUGAGAAAAAUGGUGUGAACCUUAGGUAAGGCACCGAUGGAGUUGGAUUGAGAUUUCAGGGGAUGCUCGUCAUAUUUGCUUUGUUCUUGCUUCUUUGAUUAUAGUAUGAGAAACUUGAUUUGUGAGGACUAAUGUAAUUAUGGACUUGUGUUUUCACAAUUAUGUAAUUAUGAAAUUGUGUUUUUCCUGUCAUUGUUAUUGAGGAUGUUUUGAGGUGAGGAAUAAUGUAAUUAUGUGCUUGUGUUUUUCCUCU